AUGCCAAACCGCAGUUCCACCGUGCCCAACCUCGAUCUGAGCUCGUUCAAGACAGAGUCGAAGAAGGACAAGGUCUCUUCGCCGCUGACACCGAAUGGCCAGAGUUCGGACGGGCUGAGUCCCCUGACACCUCGCUCGCCCAAGUCAGCAUCCAGCUCUCCGCUCUUCAAAGGCGCGACCAUCCGCCCUGUUACGCAAGACUCGUGCAGCAAGGCAACCAGCCCUACCCUCCCGCUCUCUCCUGACACAGCCACCGCCGAGCCCUUAACACCAGGGAUUACCGCCAUUCCUCAGCAUUUCCCGUCCCCCAAGGACUCCAAACAUUCACGCGAUGCAUCGAAAUCCUUCUUCGGCAACCUCAAAGCACCCAAAUCAUCACAUAAGUCACAGCGAUCGGACAGCUCAGGGGAUUCGACCGAACCCCCAAAGAGCAGGGGCAGUUCCAAAGAGCGCAGGAUGACAAUGGCUGCCAAGUCAUAUGGAUCAACGCCCGAUCUACUGGGAGCGCUUGCCCAUGUGAAUGAGACCGAAAAGACGAUUCGUGAUUCCACAGAUGGAUGUUCAGGCAACAAGAGCUCGCAACAAACAGAUACGAAAAAGGCUGGAACCGAUCUCGACGCGGCCGCGCCAAAGAAAAACAAGCAACGAUUCGCAAAUCUUUUGACCCGAUCGCGCUCUAUCCGAGUCGACGAAAACGCGGGGAACAGAGCACCGGGACGACGACCUUCUACAGGUUUAGCCAAAUUAGAAGAGUUCAACCAAGGCGCAACAGCACAACCCCGCUCGGCGACUGCGCGACCAGAACGAACCGUACGGGGAGGCUUGCAGCCUCCCGAGCGUCAAGCAGACACGAUUUCUUUGCGCAAAGAGCGCAGUCAUGGUAACAUGGUAGCGUCGGGCUCAUUAAGUCAAGUAUCUGGCGCAUCUGCGGCCAUCUUCAGUAACCUGAAGUCAUCUUCGAGCGGAGCUGCAGACCGUAUCGGCAAGGCUGGAAAAGGCUUCUUUGGCAAAAUCACCCGCAGCGGUAGUACCAAUGAGCGAGAGAUGAUCAACGAUGACUCCUAUACAUGUUCAGUGAUCAAUCUCCCUCUCAUUGAGCAGGCGCGCAAGACUCGUAUUGCGAAGAAACUCGAACACUGUCGUGAUAAGACUGAAUUUUGGAUGCCCGCUUUGCCAUACCGCUCGGUUGACUAUUUGAACUUCAAGGGUUGCGAGGAAGAAGGCCUUUACCGAGUUCCUGGCAGUGGCAGAGAAGUCAAACAUUGGCAGCGACGAUUCGAUACAGAACUUGAUAUCGACCUUUUCGAAGUCCCCGAUUUAUACGAUAUUAACACCGUCGGGUCUCUAUUUAAAGCCUGGCUGCGAGAGCUACCAGACGAGCUCUUCCCGAAGGCGACGCAAACGAUGAUCGCCCAGCAAUGCGAAGGUGCCACUACGGCGCCACAACUACUCAAAGACGAACUCUCAAAACUCCCCCAUAUCACUACUAUCUCCUCUUCGCCAUCACCUGUCAUCUCAACCUCCUCCAUUCUUAUGUCGAUCAGAAUAAGAUGGAUUACCGCAAUCUUUCCCUGCAUGAAGAUAGACGCCUUCUGUUUCCAAUUUUUGGUCUGUGACUGGAAAAACUGCUGGCAGGGCUGCUGGACAGAGAAAGAGUACCUCGAGAUUGAACGGAAGAUGGAUGAGCGUGACCAGAGAGUCUCAGAGGAGCAGGAGAAAGAAGCUGUCAGGGAGAAGCAAGAGACGGCUGCCAGUCAUGAACGCGCCAUCUCGUCUUCCAGCAGCAGUGCUGGCGAGGACCCCCUCGACCAGCGACCUCCCGGAGCCGAAAAGCUCCACCGAAGAACAUUGAGAUAUCACAUACACGAAGUGUCUCACAGCUCCCUGAACUUGGACCUCCCCUCUCCCCCAUCAAAAUCUAAUUAG